GCUGCUUUUUUCUCUUUUGACCUUUCUCUCUUUACAUAAAUCACAAUGCAAAUGUCAGCCGUUAAACUAUUCCAUUCCCCAACACCUGUGUCCGUUCCGUUAAUAAAUGGAAAUAAAAAGUCUGUCAAAUUGACAGAUUAUAUUGCCGAAAAGUGUCCCUCCAUUGUCGGUCCCAAAGCCUAUUUUUCACCUACGCCUUAUUUAUUCAACGGUCAUCUUCAAACUGGUUAUGCAGCUUAUUAUAACGGUACGCCAACAAUGAAUGACGUUUGUUAUGAAAGGUAAAUAGCUAUACACGAGAACCUAUUUUUAUAUACAAGUAUACUUUUGUGGUUGCUAUGGUAACUGACAGAUCUAUUAAAAAAACUUUGGGAAUUAUAAUAAACCCACAGACAAAUGUUGCCAUUACCCGAUGGUGGUCAAGUCUCGCUCGAUUGGUGCCCACCGCUUGCGCAAAAGCCGUUGGACAAUACGCCAACUUUGGUCUGUUUGCAUGGUUUAACCGGUGGUAGCCACGAAUCGUAUAUUCGAGGACUUUUGGAAGUUGUAACCCGCCCUCCCUUCAAUUAUCGUGGCGUUGUGUUUAAUGCACGUGGAUGCGGAAACACUGAGCUGACUACACCACAACUCUUCAACGGCGCCCAUACCGAUGACCUGCGUCUUGUAUUGAAACAUAUUCAAAAGCAGUUGCCCGAAGGAACACCAUUGAUUGGUAUUGGCUAUUCGCUUGGGUCCAACAUCUUGGUCAAGUAUCUUGGUGAAGAGGGCGACAAGACCCCAUUUAAGGCUGCUAUCUCGGUGGCAAAUCCCUUCGACUUUGUAAACUCUUCAUACGCUUUAGAUCGCACUUAUUGGAUUAGAAAGGUUUAUUCGGGAACGAUGGCUAGCAAUCUUAAGCGUGCUUUUAGCAGACAUACAGAAAUGCUCGCAAAGAAUAAGGAUAUGGACCUGGACCAGGUCAAUGCUUCAACUACGAUCCGCGAAUUUGAUGAUGCAUGCACUCGAAAAGUUUUCGGCUAUACCACUGUAAAUAACUACUACCGUGAUGCAAGCUCUUGCCGGUUUAUUGAGCAUGUGCGCGUUCCACUGCUAUGCUUUAACGCCUUGGAUGACCCCAUUUCCCCAGCUGAAUCAAUUCCGUACGACGAAAUUCGAAUUAAUCCCUAUGUCGUACUGGCUACCACUGACUAUGGCGGACAUAUCGGAUGGUUUGAGCAUUUCCGACAACCUACCCGAUGGAUUGUCAAACCACUGGCUGAAUUCGUCGUUGCCAUGUUUGAAGCUCACGAUCCACGACCUAAAGGAUCGCGAUUAGACCCAGAUACCAUUGACAAGAGUGUAGAUGCCAUCCAGGCUCAAGAAUAGAAAAGGAAAUCAAAUAAAAGUGGAUG